AUGUUUAUUAUAACAAGAAUCCCUAAGGUUUCAUACAAACAUCCAGGAUCAAACCAAGUUGAAUGGGAAGAUAUACAUAAUAGACUAUUCAGAGAACGUAUACUGUUCGUUAGUCAACCAUUGGACGAUGAAUACGUAAAUCAACUUAUAGCAGCAAUACUAUGCCUGGAUAACGAAACAUCAGAGAAACCAAUCACAUUGUAUAUUAACAGCCCUGGAGGGAAUAUGCAUGCUGGACUAUCGCUAUAUGACACUCUAGAGGUAAAAACUAAUAAAGAUAAAUUUAAUCAGCACGUCCGGUCGGAAAUAGUAACAAUAAACGUAGGCCUUUGUGCCUCAACUGCCACACUACUGUUAGGCUCGGGAACUCCAGGAAAAAGAUAUGGACUUCAGCACUCAAGAGUUCUAUUAUUGCAGCCUAGCGGUCUUGCAGAAGGCACAGCUGAACAGAUCAAAAUUGAGGCUCAACACAUAUUAGAAAUCAAAAAAAACUUAAUUGAAAUUUACAGUAACAUAACAAAACAACCGUAUGAAAAAAUAGCAUCAGAUAUCGAAAGGGAUAAUUUCAUGUCUUCAGAAGAAUACAAAUCCUACGGGCUAAUUGAUGAAAUUAUAACAAAUUCCGAAACUAAGCUAAUUCAAAAAUGA